AUGGCGGCUUUGUGUGAAAGCUUUAGCAGCGGCUAUCAUGCCUCAUACUCAUGUUCUGAUGAUGUUAACAGUUCUUCAACUAUGACUUGUGAAGCAAGUGAAGAACAAGAACAAGCUACAAGGACUGAAUUGAAAGGGAAGAGUGAUAUUGAAAGUCUUGAGUUGCCUGAUUUCUAUGCUCUGAGAAAUGUGUCUUCAACAAUGAUAUUUAGUAGCUCCAUUUCUAGCACCACCACCUCUUCUGAUUCCUCAUCCUGUGAUAAUAAUGAAAUAUCUGAUCAACCCAAUGGUAACAGAAACCAGCAGGCCAAGUGGAAGAGAGGAAAACUUCUAGGACAUGGAGGAUUUGGCCGUGUCUACAAGGGAUUUAAUAGUGAAACCGGACAAAUAUGCGCAACAAAACGAGUUCUCUUUGAUCUUGAUGAUGAGCGAUCAGAAAGGUGCCUUCAACAACUUUGCAAGGAGAGAGCUAUACUUUCUCAACGAUCACAUCCCAAUGUCCUUGAAUACUAUGGAAGCCAAAUGGGAAAAGAAGGGUUUUCAAUUUUUAUGGAGUAUGUAUCUUAUGGUUCAAUUUCCAGCAUACUUCAAAAAUAUGGUUCGCUUGAAGAACAUCAUAUUCGACAUUUUACCAAGCAAAUAGUCAAUGGACUUGCCUAUUUGCACGAUCAAAAUAUAGUACACAGAGAUAUCAAAGGAGCCAACAAACUAGUUAGUCCUAAUCGUGAGAUUAAAUUGGCUGAUUUUGGAAUGGCAAGACAUGUAGAAUCUUCUUCCUUGAUGUAUUCUAUGAAGGGAAGCUUAUAUUGGAUGGCACCUGAGAUGGUAAACAAUAAAAUUGGAUGUACUAUGGCUGUGGAUAUAUGGAGCUUGGGAUGUACAAUUCUAGAAAUGGCAACCGGAAGGCCCCCAUGGAGUCAAUAUAAAAAAAGGGUAUUGGCAAAAAUUGAUAAUAGUAAAGAUCUACCUGCGAUUCCAAGUCAUCUUUCAGGUGAAGCAAAGGCUUUAAUAAGAUGUUGCUUACAAAGAGAUCCAAUGGUUCGUCCAACGGCUCGUCGUUUACUUGAUCAUCCAUUUAUUAGAGGAUACUAG